ACUAUCUUCAAUGGUCUCAGUCCAUUAUGAUGUUUAUCUGUGGAAAAGGGGAAGACGAUUAUCUCACAGGCGAUGCAAAGGCUUCACCAAAGGAAGAUGCAAAGUUCAAGGUGUGGAAAUCUGAAAACAAUAUGGUGAUGUUAUGGUUAAUCAAUUCCAUGAAAAAUGAGAUUGGUGAGGAUUUCUUAUUCUACGGGACAACAAAAGAAAUAUGGGAUGCAGCAAGAGAGACCUACUCUGACAAUGAAAAUACUGCAGAACUCUUUGAGAUAAAGAGUCUUCUUCAUGAUAUUCGACAAGGGGAAAUGUUGACAACUCAAUACUUCAACACUCUCACUCGUUAUUGGCAACAAUUGGAUAUGUUUGAAGCACUAGAAUGGGACUGCCCUGGAGAUAACAUCAAAUACAAGAAGAUUGUUGAGAAAGAAAGAAUUUUCAAGUUUUUGUUAGGUCUUAAUAAAAAGUUAGAUGAAGUGAGAGGAAGAAUUCUCGGACUGAACCCUCUCCCAUCCAUCCGUGAAGCCUUCUCUGAGGUUUGAAGAGAAGAGAGCCGUAAGAAAGUGAUGAUGGGAAAUCAAAACAUCGUUGCCCCAACUGAGAGUUCAGCGAUUGUUUCUCGUGGAGUGAACUCUACUGGUAAUGACAACCAGAAUAACAAGAACAGACCACGGUGUGACCACUGUCAUAAAACAGGACACACCAGAGAUACCUGCUGGAAGAUACAUGGCAAGCCCGCUGAUUGGAAACCGAAGAACAAAUGGCAGCCACCUCCUGAACGUGAAGGCCGUGGCUUUACAACCACUACCGACGAGCAAUCACCUGCAGAAACUACUCUUUUCAGCAAAGAGCAAAUGGACCUUCUUCAAAAGAUAUUCAGCCAAUCUCAAUCAAAUUCUAACAUUGGAACUGGGUCUAUAGCACAGAAAGGACUUGGAUUCGGGGGAGGACGAUUGGCAAUGCUAAGGAGAGUGCGGGACUCUACCUUCUUAGCAUUGAUGACUCUUUUGAAGAACAAACUCAAAGUGCAAAUUGGAAAUUCCAAUGAGUAUCCAAGAAGCUAUUAAAAAACCAGAAUGGAGAGCGGCUAUUGGAGAUGAAAUUCGUGCCCUGGAAAAGAAUGGUACUUGGGAGCUCUCAGAUUUACCAAAAGGGAAACAGCCUGUGGGAUGCAAAUGGAUCUUUAAUGUCAAAUAUAAGGCUGAUGGAAGUGUAGAUCGGUAUGAAGUAAGGCUGGUUGCUAAAGGGUUCACUCGUACAUAUGGGAUUGACUAUCAGGAGACGUUUGCUCCUGUAGCUAUACUUAGUACAGUCUGAGUAAUAUUGUCACUGGCUGCCAAUUUAGAUUGGCCCCUUCUGCAGUUGGAUGUCAAAAACGCCCUCCUCAAUGGCAACUUGGAAGAUGAAGUCUACAUGGAAAUUCCUCCGGGGUUUGAAACGAAGAACAAUGCCAUGGAAAUUCCUCCGGGGUUUGAAACGAAGAACAAUGCCAACAAAGUCUGUCAACUGCGGAAGUCAUUAUAUGGUCUCAAGCAGUCUCCUUGUGUGUGGUUUGAUAGAUUCACGAAGGCAAUCAAAAGGCAUGGAUAUUCUUAAGGGCAAUCAGAUUAUACCUUGUUUACCAAACAUUCACCUCAAAGGAAAACUGCCAUUCUUAUUGUGUAUGUGGAUGACAUCAUCCCAACUGGAGAUUAUGAAGAGGAGAUAAGCAAAUUAAAGACAAUUCUUGCUAAGGAGUUCAAAAUAAAGGACCUGGGAGCACUCAAAUACUUCCUUGGCAUGGAAGUAGCUCGAACCAGAAAGGCUGAAAGGGUAUUUCUGUUUCUCAGCGUAAGUAUACUCUUGACUUACUAAAGGAAACAGGAAUGCCAGGAUGAAAACCUGCUGAUA